AUGAAUAUUGAAGGGAAGGAUAAGAAGAUUAACAUUGAGGAUUAUUUGAUUCCAAUUAAUGAAAUUGAUAUUGAUGAUGAAAAUUUGAAUGUAAAAAUAAAAGAAGGAUUGAAAAAUGUAAUUAGAUUUUGUCUUCAUUAUAGAAUUAAGAAAAAUUCUAGGAUCGUUGAAAAAUAUUCAUAUUAUUUGGAAAAAACUGAAACUGCAACAGAUAGCAACCAUUACAUCAUUGUUUUUGUUGCAAUGAGGUAUUAUAGAGAAGAACCAGAAAAACGUGAUACUUACAUGGACAAACCUUAUCUUAAAAGUGUGUUGAAUAACCUUAAUGAAGCUUAUCACGAAAUUGCAAAACAAGAAUCGUAUAGAAUGAAUUACAAACUUGAUAAGAAUUUAAAUGAUAGAGUUAAUUCAAUAAUUGAUAAAUUCAAUCAGCGUAUGAAACUUUGCAGAUAA